UCCCCAUUUCUGUACUUAAACCCCCCUGGGUCCCACCCGAACACUCCGUUACUAGAUGUCCUGGACAUCAAUCGCCGAGCUGUCUUCGUCGUCGUCGUUCAAGCAGACUGUCUUCUUCUAUCUUGCGUAAGCCAGCGUCAAAGGUUUGCGACUGUCGACAGCAAUAUUACAACUACGACAAACGGCAUCACACGCACCAACAUGAGCAAACACGACAUCUCUCAAUCCGAGAGCGCCCUCGGCUCUGGCAGAGAUGGUAAGAGGAAGACUUGUAUGAGACACUGCGCGAGAUUUUGGUGGAUCUAUCUCAUUGCUACCGUCGCCGCAAUUCUGCUUAUUGUCCUCUUGAUUAUCUUCGUUGCCGUUCCGAAGAUUGCCCAGUCAAAGCUUGAUCAUGCCGAGCUGACGGUUGACGGAAUCAUUGUCUCCAACACAGCACCCACCUCGUAUAACAUGGCUAUCAACUCGACGUUAAGAUCAGACGGCUCCGUCAAGGCCACCAUCGAGCCUUUCGAUGGCGUAAUGUAUCUGGAAGACUUGGAGUCGCACACCCCCUUCGUCAACCUCAAGUUCCCGGAGACCAGGUCCGUCAAGCUGCAGACCGUCAAUAUCAGCCAGCCCAUCGAAAUUGCCGACCUGGCCGCCUUCACCACCUUCAACACCUGGCUCCAGAAUAACGAAUCCGUCAGAGUCACCGUCAAGGGCAACACUCACGUCAAGGUGAACGGAAUCGCAAGACGCUAUGGUGUUACUUUCAGGAACACCAUGACCUUGAAAGGCUUGAAUGGCUUCAAGGGUCUCAAUGUCACUGACAACUCCAUCUCUCUCACCCCUGAUGCCCGGGGUGACAACUUCAAGGGCUUCGUUUCCAUCCCCAACCACUCUGUCCUCACCCUCGAGAUCGGAAACACCUCCUUCUCCAAUCUCCUGAACGGCCAGGACAUCGGUACAGUCUACAUCGACAAUCUCGUCCUCUACCCGGGGAUGAAUAACGUCAGCAUGCGCGCCAACAUCAGCCAAGCGCCCGUCCUUGCUGCCAUUGGCCAACGCCCCGCCUGCGAGAGUGGUAUGAUCCCCUUCUCCCUCCGCGGCAAGGACGUCGUCAACAGUGGCCAGAGGCUGUCGUACUUCGCCGACGCUCUGUCCUCCGGCGAAGUCGUCACCAACAUCAACAUCGGCGCCUCCCUGAAGAAGUCUCUAAAUCUCACCCUUUCUUGUCAUUGAGCGGGUCUGUUGUCAGGACAAUGAUUGUAACGAAGAAAUGGGCACCUACACACGCCGAGUCACCACAAGGGGGCAAGGUUGCAUGGAUAAGACUGACAGAUGUACCGGGUGUGAAUGGAGUAAUAUUACUACCGAGCGCCGGGUGCGAAAAUGCAAAAUCCUGACUUCUC